UGUUGUUUUUUGUCUUUUGUUUUAGUUCCUCUGCGUGCUGAAAACACCUUUCUGACAGAAUGGUGGUUUAUAAAGAUAAUCGCCAUCUUAAGUAAUUUGUGGGGAUGAUUACCAAAUAAGAGGCUAUCUUUCAGAUUUCAGCGAGCAGAUGUACUGGACUGUAUCAGAGCAGGACCUUCCACUUAUGGCAGGGUUUAUCUCCCACCACUGCAUGACGAAAGCUUGGAAAUCGUACAGCCGAUCGGCAAACGUAGUCUGAAUAUACCUUCCUACUAGCGUCCCACUGCCCUGCCGUUCAGCCUUACACAACAGCUCUCUGAAGCUGUUGAGGGCUAGUUUCAGCUUUGUUACCAGCUUCAAGGAUUCCUUUUAUCUACCGAAUGUCCAGUCUGUCUAUCCACGGAACAUUUAGCUACUUUGUUUCGACAAAGAGAACCAUAUAUCUCCGUAGUAUUUCUUUAUAUUCGGUAUCAGCUUCAUCAUCAACUUCCAGCACAAGGCAGAAAAUUGCCGUUUCUGAAAUGGACAAAUGAAGAGAAAAUGGGAAGAAAGACUGAAGAAAGUGGAAGAACUAGCGUCUCACUAUGAAAGAAACCCUCUUCCUCCAGUUUAUAGACCAAAACUGUCCAAACCCUUUCUGCCAUCCUCUGUUUGGAAAAUAUUUUGUCGUCAGGCUGAAGCUUUCAAUUAUGUAAAAACCUGCAAAGAGGAUGCUCACGUAUUUGCCCUGGAAAAGAACACACAAAGUGGACAGAGGUUUUACCUUGUGACAACAUAUAAAGAGCUUUGGUUUUAUUACACCAAAGGUUAUAAAACAAGUCUUAUGCAUUGCUAUGAAGUAAUUCCUGAAAAAGAUGCUUGCAAACUUUAUUUUGAUUUGGAGUUCUACAAGCCAGCAAAUCCUGGUGCAGAUGGCAAGAGUAUGGUUGCGAAGUUAAUUGAGCUUGUCAGCCAAAAAUUAAAAGAACUUUAUGAUGUAGAUUGUUCCGCCAAAGAUGUCUUGAAUUUAGAUUCCAGUACUGAUGAAAAAUUUAGUCGACACUUAAUAUUUGUACCCCAAAAGACUGUAUUUAAGGAUAAUACUCAUAUUGGUAACUUUGUGAGAACCAUUCUGCAGCCUGCCCUAAGGUUAAUGGAGAGUAAGGCUGCUGUUGUGAUUCCAGAAGAAGGAGCAGGACAUGUUUUCCAGUGUUCUGCAGAAGCAGUUGGAUUAGAUGGUUCUCUUAUAAACCUCACAGCCAUCGAAGAUGCUUCCAAAGGCUGGCCAGCCAUUGCUCGGGAAACAAAGGAUAUGGAAACAUCACACCAGGGAGAAAAUUCAUUUUCCUUUCUAAUAGUAAAUAAUAAAGAAGGAGACAAGCAACUUUUUGUGGAUCUAGGAGUUUAUACAAAGAAUAGAAAUUUCCGGAUGUAUAAAUCAUCAAAAGCAGGAAAAAAAGUGAUUCUGAAGAUAGCAGAGGAUAAUAAGUUUGUCCCUAACUGUGAAGAGAAUGUUUCCUUGGAGGAAGCAUAUUUUCUUUCCUCUUUGAUCUGCAACAUCAGAGCAAGGGAUGACACAAAAGUUCUGUCAUCUGGCUUUUCAGAGGAGGAGAGAAAAAUGUCCGCUUUUUUAAACAGUAAAACUACCAGAAGCAGCAGAGAUUCCAUGGAAGGCUAUCAGGAUUCACCAUAUCCAGAAAUUGAUUAUUUUGUUCGCUCUUUGGUUAAUAAAGAUGGGGUGCAAGGAGGGAUACGGCGAUGGAAUUAUUUCUCUCUGGAAGAAAUACUUGUAUAUGAUAUUUCUGGUUACCGUUGGUGUGAAAAUAUUGGAAGAGCUCACAAAAGUAACAACAUAAUGAUUGUGGUAGAUCUAAAGAAGGAAGUCUGGUAUCAAAAGUGUCACGAUCCAGCCUGCAGAGAAGAAAACUUCAAAUCACAAAGUUUUCCAUUACCACCUCGGAUAUGUCUCCCUUUUCUUUUCAAAGAGGAAGAAGAGAAUACACUAAUGAAUGCAAGGGGGAACACAGAAGAAAAAGUAAAACCACAUUCUAAUGCGCCAGACUUGUCAAAAAGCUCAGUAUCUCUAGAAAAAAGCUUGCCUCAAGACUUCCUGUUGCCAGACAGCGAGUGGGACAACGCAAGCGAUGAUGCCCGUUUCCUAGAAGCUACUGAAGAUGUGGAACUAGCUGAAGCUGCAAAUGAUAGUCUGAAUUAUGCCAUGGAAGAAAUUCCCGAUGAAGUUCUUUUGGAAGCUUCAAGGAAACAGGACACUUGCAAUAAAGGAGGCAGCUAACCACAGACUUGGCUAGCCAACAGACCGCUAGCAAUGAAACCUGCUUUAACACAAUGUGCAUAUCGCACGCCUUCUGUGAAAGACACUGCGAUGUAGUUCAAAAAUGCUCUUCCAGAGCUGUAAGACAGAGAACUGAGUAAUGAACAAGUAUCCUCACAACCAGAUGAUCCUCAGCAAGCAUGAGGAGAUCCUGGAAGAUUACAUGAGGGCUGAAGAGUACUGGACUGAAAACUCGUCAUGAAUGCUGCUCCAAAUUUAGCACUUCUAACACUCACUG